GUCGCUACGACGGACCGCAAUGAGGAGAUAAAUAGAAGCCUUAUCUAUUUAUUUUUAAGUAUUUACGAUUCUCAUUGAACUGGGAGGGAGAAGCUGGUGAGGAAAGCCGUUAAAGCGCUCGUCUGCUUGAAAGGGCUGUGUUGGACAAUAAUGGAUGAAGACUGUCUCUAACACUUGCUGAUCAUUUGGAUUGACUCUUCAGACUAAAUAAUGGAGGGUGGUGAUGAGUCUGUAAACGGGACACAGUCUCAGACUGAAGCAUGCAGCACUGAGAUGGGUGGAGGAGGAGAAAGAGAGAGUUCCAGUAAGGCUGAUGAAGCUGCUGAUCCCUGCAGUGGAAGCACUAAAGAAGGACUCUCUCAGCUGGUGGAUCCUCCUGCUCCAGCUGUGGUGAGUCCCUCUGCUGAAGCUCCAGGAGGUGUAGCGCUUAAAGUUGCCACAACCGUGCUGCACCCGGUGUGUCUGGGAGAAAGCCCGCUGAUGCUACCCAUCCACCUGCAGAUGGCUGGAGCGGCUGCACCUCAGCUUGGCCAAAUGGGGGCUGCCCCGUACCUCAUUACGAGCCAAAGCCCUGUCUCUCUUCCUCUGGUGUUGGAUCAGCAGGUCCUCCAGCAUGUUAGUCCUUCGGUGAUCCCUCAAAGCGCUAACUGCUCUCAACUGCAGAAUAACGUCCUCUGUCAGAACCCUUUAGCAUUCGGUUUACCUCCGGCUGUGGAUCAGAAAGCUGCAGCACAAACUCAGGAGGCUAACCUGCUCUCUCUCCUGCAAAAUCCAGCAUUUGCAGCCAUCUUGCAGGAUCUUUUUCCCUCUCAGGCUGGUGGUUCUUCUUCAUGUCAGUCUCCAGGAUCCCCUUUCUUCCCUCUUCCUCCUCUCACGCCUCCAUACUCCUCCCCUCUGGCCCCGUUAGUCCCUCCUGCUACGCUUCUGGUCCCCUAUCCUGUCAUCAUCCCGCUACCAGUGCCUCUGCCAGUCCCCCUACCUAUCCCGAUCCCCGUCCCUCAGACCGAGGACUCAAAGGGGAACAUGCCAAAACCAGUUUGCACUGUGAGUAAAAGCACUCAGACAUCUCCUAAAGAUACUACCUCUCCUGUCUUGUCUUCAAGUAGAUGCACUCCAUCCUUUCAGCUUCAAAAUGUGUCCCCAUCCUCGCUUCCUACUAAUGAAGGACAGGCUCUGGACCUUUCUGUGAAGGCAUGUCCUGUUGAACUAAAACAGGAGUCUCCCAGUCCACAGCAGGAUAGCGUGCUAGAUUUAUCUGUGCCUGGUGUGAGGAAGAAAUGUGACAAAGAGGUAGCUUUCCAUUCCAGUCAGGAUACAAGCAGUACCUCCUUGUCUUUGGGCGUCCAAUGCACUCAGAGUCUAGAUUCUAAACUUCUAGGCAGUCUGGCUUCACUGCAGUUCAGCCGACAGCACAAAUGGGUGGUCGACAGCAGUCCAGGUGGAUCGGGUACCCAGGAGGCGUCUAUAAGCGGAGCAGGGAACCUGGAGAUUCUCAGCACCUCACAGACGGCAAAAGUUAUCGUCUCAGUGAAGGACGCCAUCCCUGCCAUCCUCUGCGGGAAGAUAAAAGGCCUCUCAGGAGUCUCCACAAAGAACUUUUCUAUUAAACGGGACGGCAGCCAGGGGACGUCUCUGCAACAGCUCUACGCUGUGCCAUCGGCAUCCCAAACAGAGCAGCAUGACCCGAAUAACCCGCUCAAAAAGGUCCCAAAGAACAGGGCCAUCAAACUGAAGAAGGUCAGCUCACAGGAGAUCCACUUCCUCCCUGUGAAGAAGCAGAGACUCGCAGCACUGCUCCCCAGGAAGUAAAAGUGCCCGGCGGAGAGGGAUUAAUUGUUGGAGCACUCACUGGUAUCCCCUCCAGAGCAUUUAACAUAAAACACAUGUCUUUAAUCAAAGUCGUACAUGUCCAGUCCAAGCUCAGAGAAACUGAGCUUGUGAAAGUCUGACGGUUCACACAUGUCCUUUGAGUUUUCUGUUGUUUUCUGCUCCAAAGUGUUGUAAUAAACCUGAAAUGCUCCUGUCAAUGGCAGCUUAACAGCCUCUCCAUGCGGCUUUAUGAAUCACAGACAGCAAAGACACAUGGCUUUGAUUUUUCCAUUUCUGGAGUCAAAGUUUGUUUCCAUAAGUAGUUUUUAUUUAAGUGCACUGAGGACCUUAAAGAUGUAAUAUCUGACUGUUCCGAUCACAGCAGUUUGUGCAGGCAGGACGUGACAGAGACUGUUGAACAUGUCCCAUUGUCUGUCAGAAAUUCCCCAAGCCAUCAGCGGUUCACUGGAGUGGUUCAUCCUCAUCUGAUUGGUGGGUUUAAGCAUGACAGGCUAAUAAUGAUUUGGCAGAGCUAAAAUGCCAUUUCAUCAAAGUGAAGGUUGGAAACAGCCAUAAGUCACAACAAAAUACAUUCUUAUUAAGUUGAACAGCAGCAAAGGGAUGAUGUCUUUUUGUUUCACAUUUCAAACACAACUUUCUGUGAGUCUGUUCAGUUAAAGGGAUAUGUCAGUAUUUUUGAAAUUGGGCUAUAUGAGGUACUGACCAGGAAGCUAGGCUGUAUGACGUAACAGAUGGGUACAUUUUUUCCCCGGAACUUUGCAAGUUUUUCGUGAAAUAUGGCCAGCAAAACAAUGUUGGCUCAAAUGUGCCCACUAUCAAAAUUUUUUGAAGCAUUUUAUUUUUUACCCAGAAAGCCUCUCUAUUAUUUUCUCUAGUUUGCAAUGCAGGCUUUUGUUACAUGCUCUUGCAUGCGUACAUGCAACAUUUGAGCCAACUUUGUUUUGUGAUCCAGUUUUACCAAAAACUAGCUUCCUGGCCAUUACAACCAGUGAGUCCUUCUUAAUGGGAUACGUGCAGUUAAUGGCUAAAAUGGUUUAUCAAAUUAGCUGGCGCAGGAUUUACAAGUCAUUUAAACGAAUUACCCGUCAUUUUUAUUAACACAGGCUUGAAAUCCUGAUCUAUAAUGCUCUUUUAAACUGUUAUGAACCUCCCGCCACUAGAGGCCGCUGUAGCUUCAGUUAAUGGCCGCUGCAUUCCUGUCUGGCACCUCACAGAUGUAAACAUGAGAAGCUCAGCAGUGGCUUAGUGGUAAGUGUGUAGCAGGAACAGCACAUUAUGACGUUUUUUUAAAGUAGUAAAGGGAAAUAAAGUGGUAUGUUGGCUGUUGAGGGUUGAACUCACGUAAAACUUCCAUCUGAAGUGAAAAGAGGCCACAUAUCAAAGCACAAUAUUAAUCUACAAUCUGGCAGCGCUAGCUUUUAAUGCUAGCCUUGCUGUAGAGAGUAAAUCAGGCUAACGCCACACCUGCUGACACUAUGACCCUGUGAGGAAUUUGACUGUUUUCUAAGGAUGUUCCCUUUAGAGUGGUCAGUUAAAAUAAAUUUAAAUGAGCAUUUAGCUGAAUACAGAAAUAGACGCUUAGGAACAUCCUUAUUGCUCACUGAAAUCACUACUACUGCUAGGUACCUCAUAUGGCCCAGCUUCAAAAGUACUGAAAUUUCCCUUUAAAGUAUUAACAGAAUGAGGUAUUUGAUGAUAGCAGACUCAUAUGUUGAGAGUAUAAAACAGCUGAAACUCCUCUAAUGUUUCAAGUAAAGGUCACCUUUGGUAUUGAUUACAUAAUUAUGGUGUCACCUGAGUUAAAGGUACAAAAGUUGUGUACUACUUUGAAAGAUUGCCUCAGCCAGCAGCUGUGAAACUGAUUUUAUUAGCUGCAUCCUAUUCCAAAUGUACCGCAUCAGAGUCUUCCCACUAAAAGUGCGAGUUUUUACAAAAUCAGAAAAUGGAUCCCUUUAGAGGUUCUGACGAAGGGAUCCAUGAAUCACGUGCAAUUUUUUAAACCACAAAAAGCCGUUUUGACAUUUUUUAAAGUUACCAGACUCCAUUAAAGAGAAAAUUAUAUUUACAUCUCCAAACAAGGGAGUCACUUUUCUACUGCUGCCAGAAGGACGGUGUCCACUGACUGUGUUUUUAGCUGGCAGUGGCCACAGCCUGUACUGUUUCUCACUGUCGUCUCAGCUUCUGUUGAUAGGUUCUGAAAGUUGUCUUUCAGCACUUUCACUUCUUUAGAAGUGAACAUGAAGUCUGUUUUAGAGUAUUUGUCCGCACCAUUUUCUUAUGGAAGUUUCCCUCUGCUUUCCUCUGUGCUUAAUAUGACAGUUCAGCAAAAUAUCACAUACAAAUCUUUAAAACAAUGUGAAGGAAUCCUUUUCAGGCAUUUGUAGAAGCUACAGGAAACUUGACCCUCAAAAAGACGAGAUUACUCCUUUACCAGUCCUGCUGACGAAGCUGAAGUCCUGAUCCUUCUUGAUUUUUUUUUUUUGUAAAUGCCGUAUCAUUUAUUAAGGUCCAAAUUAUAGUAAAGUCCAAACCGUUCCAGUGGCUCCUUCCAUUCCUGCAGAAAAAGAUGAGUCCUUCCAUCAUCAUAGUGUCCAAGCUUUACCAAGGUAACAACCUCUGAGAUCAGAGACUUCCACACAGUAACAGUUGGAGGGUCAUCCAUAAUCCAUUUCCCCAUUAUUGCAUUCCUUGCCAUCAUCAGAAGAUGAUGUCUGAGUAGACAAAGAAGUGGAUUUACUGACACCUGCUGGUCACUUCGGCACAGACUGCCCUCCAAAACAUCUGGACUUUCUCACAUUCCCAUAAACAAUGGAACCUGGUACCCUCAUGAGAUUCACAUUUAGGACAGUUUGGUGAUGUUCCCAAUCGUUCUUGAUUUUGAUGGCAAGUGAGGGAGAAGUGACACUGACGAGCCCAGUACUGUUCCAAAAGAUCACCUGUUUUCUACUGAGAGUGCUAUGAGCUAAGCAACAAAUAAUAGCAGCCGCUAAGCUUUGGAAAUGCUUGGUUUCUUAUUGAAAAGGAGCACUGAAAAUGCAAACAACUGAGGCUGUGGGCACAGAUCCUUAAAUAGCUCUGAAUGCGUACACUUGUGUUUUUUUUGUAGGUUCUUUCCGCAGCAGUGUAAAACUCCCCUUGGGGGCAGCAGGCAGGAAUUUAAAAAGCCUCUGUCUAAAGCCUGGAUGGCUGGUGUCACAAAGUGGUCCAGUUUGGUUCAGUAGUGUUUUGCAGUGGUUUAGCUCUUUAAACUCUAAUCUUACCUGUGUUUCCUCAGCUGAUGUCCAUCUCACCAACCUCCAGCCUCUCUCAUUGUGAUAGGAAAUCCUUCUCUUAAAAGAGUCAUUCAUUCAUAUCUUAUUGUCCCUCGCUUGCCCCACAAGGUUUCUUUUGUUAGUAGUACAUCAGUGUUUUGAUUAAAAGCAAGUUUUGAUUAUGUAAAUUCAGACACUAGAUGCUAGGAGGUCUGCAGGACUGAGUAUUUGUGACAGUGACCACGCCAGGUAAAUCAGUUUAACUGUGAUAAAAUCACUUUUUUGUAAAGUGUAGGGAUUAGAGAUGCUAAGUACUAACUUUUCUCCAUUCCCAUUGAUUCCUAAUGGCUACCCACCACUUCCUGACCCUGACAGGCAUUCAGGAUCAGUUGAUUGCACAAAAAUGAUUGAGGGAAUUUUCUAAAGAAAAGAAAAACACAGGCGGCCGAAAUUAGUUUCCUCUGCAGGGAGUCUGGGCUCUCCCAGAUAGGAUGAGAAGCUCCGCCUCGAGAGGAGCCAGCAUGAGGUGGUUCGGGCAUCUUGUCUGGAUGACUCCUGGACCCCUCCCUGGUGAGGUGAUCCCACUGGGAGGAGGCUUCGGGGAAGACCCAGGACACACUGGAGAGACUGACACUCAGCUGGCCUGGGAAUGCCUUGGGAUCCCCAGGAAGAGCUGGUUGAAGUGGCCGGGGAGAAGGGAAAUCUGGCUUCCCUGCUUAGGCUGCUGCCCCACAACCAGACCUCAGAUAAGCAGAAGAUGGAUGGAUGGAUGGAUGGAUGGAUGGAUGGAGAAAAAUGAAAGACAGAAAUCAUAUUUAAGCUGAGCUUGAAAUUGUACCCUUGAAAAAAAAAGCAUCUGGAUGCAGAAGCCCUUGUUCCUCAUGCCUAAUUGUUUCUUGCAGCACUCGGGACACUGAAACAGCUGAACUGUAAUGAUCUGUGAAGAACAGAUGAUACUGUCAGCAGGCACAGGCCAUUGCCUGCAGUUUCCACAGUAUCCGUGUGCACGCCAAGGCUGAUCAUGCCUUUUAUUAUCAGUGCUUGUGCUUCCACCACUGGAGCUGCAUGUGUGGCACGUGCAAGGCGCCAUUCUCUUCUGCUUUGGUGGAGAUAGAUGCCAAGUGUGUUUAAGCACACAUCAAGCUGAACGGAACAAACCAAGACAGGAAGUCAAACUAAAUUUCAAAAUAAAGCCCUGUGUGCAGACUGCUGACCGUAUAUCUAGUGUGAUAUUGUCUGUGUGAUCUUUGCUCUGCUUCAGACACAAACCCAGUAGACGAGGAUGUGCACCACUAGGGGGAGUAAAACUGUGGUGCACACAGAUUGAGGCUCAUACAGCUGCUGUGGUUUUUAGGUGUUAAGGUGCAUUCCAAGAAAAUUAUUUUCUUUUAAUGGAGUCUGGUGGGUUUGAUUUGCAGUUUUGUGAUUUGCAUUCACAGUUCCUACAAAAAACAAAGCUUACAUUUUUAAAAUGCUGGCAUUAGUUCAAACUGAAUUAAAUCAAAGUGGGAGUUUAAGUGUUGAACAACUGAAAAUGUGAAGAGGAGAACGAGUCAGAGGUAAAAGAUAGAAGUAAUGAGUGUGUCAGAUAGAGGGAAGACUGUUGGUGUGUUUGAUCUGUGUGUUAUUAGUCUGCUAGGAUCAGUAUCAGUGAGUCUCCAGAUUUUCUUUUCAUCCAUGUAAAACAUGUCCAAGGUGGUUUUGGUGUCACUUUGCUUUCAUCCAUCAUGGCGGUGGCCGUCCCAUGAUUAGAUCAGAGAUGUGAAUGUGAGAGUGUCGUUGUCGUGCGUCCGUUUAUUUAUCCUGUUGAGUGCACUUUGUCCUAGUUUAGUUUGAAGCGUUACAGGGUGUUGCUACAUAUUUUGCUCCGACUGUUCCUCCUAUUUGUGAUUUAAGCAUUAAUUAAAUCUGUGAAUUAAAGGCCACGGACUAGGAACAUCUGGAUGCAGACUGUUGGAGAUGAAAGGAGGGAUGGAGAAUGCCACGCAAUCCUUCAUUUAUAUCAGUGAACUUUAACCCCUGUCUGCAGAAUCAACAAAGCGCUUGUUGCUUAAGUAGCUUGAACACUUUGCAUGUACAGGAAUUCACACUAAUUUAUUCUUGGUGACAUUUUUAUUUAUAUAAGCUGUAAAUUUAUCCUGGUCAGUUGUUGAUGUCUUUUUUUCUUUAACUCCUGAAGCACUUUUGGCUUCUAAACUGUCCUUUUUAAAGACAAAACAACAGCUGGCAGUUUGAUGUUUGUAACUGUACAGUACGUGUUUUUAUAUGGAAGGGAAGUAAA